AUGGCGUCGAAACCGAUUGAUAAUUUAUUUGACAGUAUGGGAAAGACACUCUUUGUAGGUUUUUAUCGUUUUUUAACCUAUCUGGGCCUAUGCGAUCAUUUUUUUUUGGGGGUAGAGUUAGACAUGGCAAUCGGGCCGGACCGCGGGCCCGCGUCGGCCCGUUUUUUUGAGCUUUUUUUCCCGCCAAGUCGAUAUCUUAAAAACUAUAGGAGAUAGCAAAAUUCUAAGACCAUUUGGAGGGGGUAGCACCCAAUAAAACCUAGGGGUAGAAAAAGCUUCAGACUGAUUUGAUAAGCAGAAAAAAAACGCGGGAAAAAAAAUUUCAAAAAACGGGCCGACGCGGGCCCGCGGCCCAGCCCGAUUGCCAUGUGUAGGUAGAGUAGGGUAGGGUAGAGUAGGUGAGGAAAAAUGAAGGUAAGGUAGGGUAGAACAGUUGAUAAGAGAUCAGGGUGAGGAUAGGUGGGUGUAAAUGAGGGCAGGUGAGGGUUGGGUAAAGUAAGCGGGGGCUUGAUAAGGUAGGGUUGAGUAGAGUAAGGUAGGGUAGGGUAGGGUAGGGUAGUAUUAAAUUUUUUCAUUUUCAGGGUCCACGCUACCACCCAAACGCAGUUUUCAUCGUGGUUGCGGUUGUUUUAUUCUGUGCAUGUUGGCUUAUCACCGGCUGGAUCCUCUUUUUCUUUGCUUUUAUCUGCAGAGAACCAAAACCAAAAGGACGACUAAACGAUUUGGAAUCAGGCCGUUCCAAGCGGUCCAAACGGUCCAGACGCUCUGCCAAGUCUCGUCGUUCCGGCCGUUCCAGCCGUCGCAGCGGCGCUCCUCGAAAGUCCAGUAGAGUCAAGGUAGGGUUUUAACGUUUUGAAGGAAAAAAGGGGUGAAAUAAAGAUUUCUGAACCUUUUUCAAAAUUAAACAUAGUCUAUAACAUGAUUUUACACUAAGAUAAAAGCAAAAAAAAUUUUGAAUUUAUCGACCGGUCGAUUUUUUUCUAAAAAAUUUUGUACAAAAUUUAAAGUUCAGAAGUCAAAACUGGUUAAGAACAUAAUUUUUUACUAUUUCAAUGUCCUAAUUUUACCGUAUUUCCAGGAAUCGACCGACGACGAGUCUUGA